UGAUCAAAGAUGGCGUCUUAGAAAGAGCUCGUGGAAGAAAGGAGCGGAAAAUGGCGAAUUGUCUUGUACCUAGUUGUCCUUGCAGCCACUACGAGGGACCAGAGAAAGGGAGAGUGCUUGCAUACAGGCCAGAUUGUGGUGGGUGUGGUCAUCAAAAGACCCUCCAUCGUCUCCCAACCAACACAGACGAGGUCAUAAUGAGAGAACUACUGGCAGCAGAAUCAGUUCCAUGCUGUAGUCUCAUUCCCAUGUCUCAGCUCCCGAGUAUGAAACAUUUCAGUUCCUAUGAUUUGAUACCCAUACCACCUGAUGAAGCCGAUAACCAGGCUCCAUCCAAUGUAUUCUGUCUGUGUAAAGGCUUUGUUCCAAACAUGCCUUCCAUUCUGCACCAGUUCACUUCAGUCUCAUUCGAGACCAUACAAUCAUCUCUACCCUCAGUCCCUUGCACCAGAUGCACUCACCCGCUUCUCAUGCACCAGAAGACUCACCCAUCUCAUUAUUUAUGUGAACAGAGGGUGCUAGGACUCAAGGGGAGUCUCUCGUUAAAGAGGGUAACCCUUCCCUCUCCUGGUCUUGUUGAUUUGGCACUGGGCCCGGAUAAGAGGAUCGGAUUUGUUGCUGUGACUCAAACGGACUCCUCCUAUCAGCUGGUUCUCUUUGAUAAAAUACUUGCGGCUGAAGGAAAAGGUGUCAAAAGGAGGAGUGGUCGGCUAGCCAAGCGGGCGAAUGCAACAAAUCGCGUUGAGGAAGAGGAAGAAGAAAAAGCGGCAGAGUCUGAUACCUCAGUGUCUCAGCAAAUGAUCGAUUUCUUUAACACUGCGUUAGAAGCUGCCACACCUAUUAACGAGUAUUUGAACCAAGAGCCAACGACUGUGUGUGGGUAUUGGACUGACACCCCGACUGACCACGCCUCCUCUCAGUUUGUCGUUGCCGUGGGAACGGAGGGCGGGGUCACGAUUCACAUACCUUCUGAUGGAAGCUAUCGGAAUAUUGAGACACUUCAAGGAGUAACAGUAUUACAUUUCUUGACAGUUGAUAAUACACUGAUGUUAUGUGUGGGUGAGGGUGAGUCCUCUGGAGCUAUCAAGUGCUGGGGACUCAAAAAUGAUAGCACAGCAUUAUUGACCGAAUUUAAUAAUAUUGAGACAUCAGUUACAAAUCUUUUGUGGAUUGAACACAAUAAUUAUUUAUUUGCAGGUACAGAAUUAGGCCAAGUUUAUCUUUUUCAGCUUAAAUCUUCUGCUGACGACAAAAUGGAGAAUGGACAGAAUGGAGAAAGAGAUGUUGGAUUCUCUUUAGAAUUGUGCCAGAAGAUUCAAUCAUGUUUGGGACCAGUGACAGCAUUACACUUCUGCCACAGCCAACGACUAAUUUUGGUCGGCUCGGCAGAUAACGAUAUCCAUGUUCUCUCGCUGACAACACUUGUCGAAAAUCUAGGAAAGCCUGGGAAGGAUUCGUUACUGACAAAAUAUUUUCCUUUAAAGAAGAAAAGAGCAGACAAACUUGUGCACUGUGCCAGAAUGAAGGGUCAUCAGUCAUUUGUUAACAGUAUAACUGGUUACUGUGCUAACGUACUGAGUCUCGGGUGGGACAGCUAUGCCAUGUUCUGGUCUCCUACAGAGAUAGGGCAAGAGGUAGCCACUGCUAUUAAACUGCAGGGGAGCAGCUCCAGUUUUCAAAAACAAGAAUUGAGUAGCAGUACAGUUGAGCCUAGUUUGCUGUAUAAGUUGGGAGUGGAGCAGUAUUUGAAUAACGUCCCGUGUGGUUUGUGGGGCAUUUUGGAUGAGUGUGUCGUAACUGUGUAUCAAGGAACAGGGAAACAGCUGAUCAUAGCCCUGUAUUAGAAUAUUGAUGAUUAUUAUAUUGAUUAUGAUUAUUAUUAUUUAGUCUCUCAUCGCUUCACAUAUUAAUUUUUUAUCUUAAUUAAAUGUUGUCAAAAAGAUUUGUUCCAUUGUCACGAAAUCCGUG